AAGGGAGGGGUGCUUGAAGGGUCAGCCUGACCCUGACAUUUGGUGUCUCUCUUUCUCAUGAGGACGACUGCCCAAGCCUACUCUGUGGGCACAACCUGGCCUCGUGAUGGCCCCAGGGGCCACCAUCACUCUCUGGUGCUCAAGGCCCAAACUGUCUUCCAUUGAAGAGGUGACCUUUACUCUGUGGAAGGCCGGGACCCGGGAGGCUUUACAGCAGCAGACCUCAGCAGGUCUCUGGACUGACUUCUCCCUACCACCUGUGAGACCUGAGGACACUGGGAGCUACAGCUGUACCUACAGGGAACGGACAGUGUCUGCUAGAGAAUCAGAGCCCAGUGAGGCCCUGGAGCUGGUGGUGCCAGGCUCUCUGCCCAAGCCUUCCCUUUCAGCCCUCCCAGGCCUUGUGGUGGAGCCCGGGAUGCAUGUUACACUUCAGUGCCGGCAGCCCCAUCGGUCAUCCCUCUGGAGGGUGACAUUCACUCUACUGAAGUUGGGGACCCCUCAGCCCGUGCAGAGCCAGAGCCCAGCUGGGACCUUGGCUGACUUUCCCCUCCUCUCUGUGAGGGCCCAGGAUGCUGGCAACUACAGCUGUGUCUACUAUACGAGGAUGGUUCCAUACCAGGUUUCUCAGCCCAGCGAGGUCCUAGAGUUGUGGGUGACAGAUGCACUUCCCAAGCCUUCCCUCUCAGCCUGGCCUGGCCCAGAGGUGGCCUCAGGGGCCAGUGUGACCCUCCGGUGCUGGGGGCCCUUAAGAGGUUCUAGGUUUGCUCUCUACAAGGAAGGAGAUGACAAAACCCUGCCAGGCACAGAUCCCACUCAAGAUGGAGCCCUGUUCAUCCUGACUCAUGUGACCCUCAAGGACUCUGGCAAUUACAGCUGCAGAUACCAACUCAACACCAAUGGAAGCUUCUGGACACAACAUAGUGACCCCCUGCAGCUUAUAGUGAGAGAUUCACAGCCCAGUAACACCCUCCUCAUUGUCCUCAGCUGUGUUUCCUCCCUCCUCCUCCUCCUCCUCUUCUGCCUUCUCUUGCUGGCACUCCUCUGCCAAGGAUCCAUCUGUAGGGGGUCUUUACCAGGAGAGAACCCUAGGAG